AUGCGCCUUCUCAAUACUUCCACUCUGCGGGUUGAGGAAUUCCAAGCGCAGAUUCCUGAAUAUGUUAUUCUAUCGCAUACAUGGGAAGAAGAGGAGGUUACCUUCCAAGACGUGGAGUCCGGCAGGGCAUGGAAAAAGAAGGGCUAUAUGAAGCUCGUCAAGUGCUGCGAGAGAGCGGCUUCCGAUGGAUUCACAUAUUGCUGGCUUGAUACCUGCUGCAUCGACAAGACGAGUUCGGCAGAGCUAUCGGAAGCCAUCAACUCGAUGUACCAAUGGUAUAAGCAUUCGCGAAUUUGCUAUGCCUACCUCGCCGACUUCGAAAGCAUUGCUCAGUCAGAAAAAUAUGGCUGCAGAACCUUUGCCCAGAGUCGAUGGUGGACGCGAGGGUGGACAUUACAAGAGCUCCUAGCACCUGCCGUUGUAGAGUUUUAUGACGCAAAUUGGAUCGAGAUUGGCACGAAACUCAGCCUCCAUGAACAAAUCACCGAGAUCACAGGCAUUGAUGAAGGGAUUCUUCGUGGCACAAGUCUUCUCCAACGCAAUGCGGCCGUGAGAAUGUCAUGGGCUGCCGGGAGGGAGACCACGCGUGUUGAAGACCGCGCAUACUCUCUAAUGGGUCUGUUCGCCGUGAACAUGCCCCUUCUGUAUGGGGAAGGCGAACGAGCUUUCACGCGGUUGCAGGAAGAGAUAAUGCGAGCCCAGGAGGAUUAUACUCUAUUCGCCUGCCGACUAUCGCACCUCUGGCGUCAGAGGGGUCCUUGGUUUCAGCCAUGA